GCGCUGCUCCUCCUCGCGCACAUAGCACUCCGGAGCGGCUCCUCUUCGCAGCGCCGCUGCAGUCUGGCUGCUCGGCUCCAAGUUUCCCCAUCUUCAACAUCCUCCUCUCUGGUGACUAGCGCACGGGGGGACUCCCCCUCGCCCACCCUUCCUCGGAGCGCCUCCUGCUGCUGCUCCCAGGUUUUGCAAAGAGCAGCUAUGAAGGGGAAACUGACACUCUACAAGAUGCAGUUGGGUCUUCUCCUUUUAUUGGUGGGGGUGCCAACAAGAUCAGUGCUGGCUGACUCCCUAGAAGAUGAAGCUAAGAAUAACAUCACCAUCUUUACAAGAAUACUAGACAGACUUCUGGAUGGUUAUGAUAAUCGUCUUAGACCUGGAUUAGGAGACAGUAUAACGGAAGUCUUCACUAACAUCUACGUAACCAGCUUUGGACCUGUUUCAGACACAGACAUGGAGUACACAAUAGAUGUUUUCUUCCGUCAAAAAUGGAAAGAUGAGAGGUUAAAGUUUAAAGGCCCAAUGAACAUCCUUCGCCUGAACAACUUAAUGGCUAGCAAGAUCUGGACCCCAGACACAUUCUUUCACAAUGGGAAGAAGUCAGUAGCUCAUAACAUGACAAUGCCAAACAAACUACUACGAAUCCAGGAUGAUGGAACUCUCUUGUAUACCAUGAGGCUUACAGUCCAAGCUGAAUGUCCAAUGCACUUGGAGGACUUUCCUAUGGAUGCUCAUUCAUGCCCAUUGAAAUUUGGCAGCUAUGCAUACACAACUUCAGAAGUGACCUACAUUUGGACUUACAAUGCAUCUGAUUCCGUACAGGUUGCACCGGAUGGCUCUAGAUUGAAUCAGUAUGAUUUGCUAGGCCAAACAGUUGGAAAGGAGACAGUUAAAUCGAGUACAGGUGAAUAUACAGUAAUGACCGCUCAUUUUCACUUAAAGAGAAAAAUUGGUUAUUUUGUGAUUCAGACUUACCUCCCCUGCAUCAUGACAGUCAUUCUCUCCCAAGUGUCGUUCUGGCUGAACAGAGAAUCUGUACCUGCAAGAACAGUCUUUGGAGUAACAACUGUGUUGACAAUGACAACGUUGAGCAUCAGUGCACGAAAUUCCCUCCCAAAAGUAGCUUAUGCAACAGCCAUGGAUUGGUUUAUUGCUGUUUGUUAUGCAUUUGUAUUCUCUGCAUUGAUAGAAUUUGCCACUGUAAAUUACUUCACAAAACGAGGAUGGGCAUGGGAUGGAAAAAGCGUAGUCAAUGAUAAGAAAAAAGAAAAAGCAUCUGUCAUUAAGAAAAACAAUGCCUAUGCAGUGGCUGUUGCCAAUUAUGCUCCAAAUAUUACCAAGGACUCAGUGCUACCAACAAUCUCCAAGAGUGCUACAACCACAGAACCCAACAAGGCAAAGCCAGAAGCCAAGCCGCAAGAAGCAAAGAAAACAUUCAACAGUGUUAGCAAAAUUGACAGAAUGUCUAGAAUAGUGUUUCCAGUCUUAUUUGGUACUUUUAACUUAGUGUACUGGGCUACAUAUUUAAACAGGGAACCUGUCUUACUUGGGUUUGCUCCCUCAACCUAAAAGCUGAAUUACACUGGGAAUGUAUAGCAUCAUUAUAUCAGUUAGGUUGUUUUGCUAUGUACAGUACGACUAAUAACUGCUAAUCUGUGAACCAAUAUGUACAGAAUGUAUAUAGAUAUCUUAUCCGUGUAUCUCCAAAGGAGACACACAGUGUUUAUUCAUGGAUCUGUAAACAGAUAACACCCACGGCUAAUAUAGCCAACUCUUUAGAAGUUCUACCCAGGGGAUUUCCUUUAAACUGGGAUUCAAAUGCACAGAAUUAUAUCUUCUCCAUACAAUUAGAGGACAAUAUGGUCCUGCAUAACUAUUUAGGAACAGUAUUUUCUUAAUUUAAAGUUAAACUAUUUUUCUAUAAAAUAACUGAUUCUACUUUAAUGGGAUAAGCUGUCAUUAAAAAUGAUUUUUUUUAAAAAAACUUAUUUCAUACAAUGGUAGUGCCCAUGUACAUAUUAUAGAGUGAUGAGCUCAAACUAUUCUGUUGUUCACAGCCAUUUUGGAAAGUAGUUAUGUUUAAAACUUAGUAAAGACUAUUGGAAUGCCAAAGCCAUUAGUUCCUUACUUCAAGACCUGCUUUGAACUUGUUAAUGAAGUAUUCCAACUCAUUUAAGUGAGCAGUGGUGAGCAUCAAUCAACUUCCACUAGAAAAACUUUUUUUUUCUCCUCAGUGUUUGUUUCUCUGAGGUUGCUGAACCAAGUUCUCCUUUUCAGCAAGGUCAGAAAAGGUUUUUUGUUUUGUUUUUAAAUUAGAUUGACAUCAGGCUCAUAAAUAUUGGUAAUUGACACUCAGAAAUUUUUCAGGGUCAAGUAUAUCAGAAAUAUAAAAUGCUCUUUUUCCUGCUUCGUAUUUACAGGAAAAUCUGCCUUAAAAAGGCUUCCUCACAUCUGCCCAUAGAAGCCACUGUUUUCAAAGGAAACUGCAGUUUGGGAUUGCAAUCCAGGAAGUUGUCCUCAUGGAUAAGAUUUAUUGCUGCUUUUGUAAAUUGCAACUUUACAUUUCACUGACAUCACUUAACAACUUUGUAUACUAGAAAGGGUUUUGCUAAGAUUUGAGUGUUAUUUUUAAUAAACUUCAGUGCAUCAUCAGUAAUUGUCAAUUAUUUCAUACACAAAAUAUAACAAAAUUGGAGCUGCCAUUUGCAAUUUUAUAUGAAUAUUUAAUGUUAGUAAAAUUAAUUUUCAUCUGAACCUUUGCAAAUAUUCCUUAUGCCCUGAAAGGCCUGGUAAAUCAUGGCAUAACUAAUAACUGUGCACUGUAUUUAGAUUUUAAUAUACUUGGCCAAUCAAAAAUAUUUUGAUUCACAUAUACAUUAGCAGUUAUUAGUUGGCCUUUUAAAAUAGAUACACCUUUAUGAUGGUGUGUUUACAGUAGAAACAUAUGUCAUCGUAUAGUGUCAUUUAUUGCAGUUUUGUACAGUACUUGAGUAUAGUGCAUAAAAUAGGUAUGUUCAAAGUUUGACAAACUUGUACAAAUAUUUCUAAAAUGAAUAAAUGAAUUAUCUUAAGACGUGGAAACUAGCAAAAACAAAGAAGAAGAAUCUAACAUUGCUUUUUUUGCUGUUUAAUUUUUCUUGUCUUUUUCUUUGUUUUUAAUGUGAUUCUAUUUUGUGCUUUGCAUGACAGUAUAGAUGCCAAGGUCACAAAUGCAUUUUAUUAGUAGACUUUACAAUGAAGACAGACUUGACUUUAGUCAAGCAAGAUAUUCCAUACAACAUCAGUAAAAUAGAAGGGAGAACCACUGGUGAAAUGUGUAUUCCCUUCAUCCCCUCUAAUAAAACCAUCUUUAUUCAUCAACGGUAGUUGAAAAACAAGCACUUUACUCAAAACAUUAAAAUAGAAAUAUCCUUAUUUUCAUAUAUAUAUUUAUAUAUAAAUGUAGAUCUUCCAUGUAAUACAGAGAUGUGUGCAAUAGGGUGAUAAAGUGUAAAAGGGUUGAAGGCAAGCAAUAAAAAGUUUUUUCAUGGUAUAAUUAUACAUUUUAAAAAUGUUUUAUUUGUAAAUUAUAAAAGAUCCCUUUAAUGUCAUAGUGUCCAGGUAUAACAUAUAUACAUAUGUACAUAUGUAGAAUAUUUGUAAAUAUUGGUCCAGUAGAAAAAUCCUUUCAUGUUUCUGUCUGUUUCUGGUAAAGAUCUGUGACUGUGUAGUAUAGUGGAGGCCCAGGCUUAUCUGCUCUCAGAUAGCAGGUUGAUUGCUGUUUUCAUGUACCUUUGGGCACCAUCCUGCAAUCUGAUGGGGGCUCUCAACUCCCAUUAACCUCAACAGGAGUUGAGGACUCUCAGCACCUCACAGGUUUGGGCUUAUAAAAAGUAAGGUCUGUAUUUACCCCAGUUACAUCCCAGAUAGCUCAGCAACGUUAGGUUUGCUGUCUCAAAUAAUGGGAAGUCAGAACUCUGCCCUCUAGACAUGAGCGGUGCUUAAUUUGUGCCAGGGCUGAGCCCCAGCACCUCUAGGCUUGGCAUUUCAUAGCCCCAGCACCUCUGCGCUUGCUGUAUCAGUCAUGAAUGUAAAAAAAAAAAAAAUGGCUUGAGCACUGGCACCUCUUUCAUUGCAAAUUAAGCAGUGUAUGUGAGUGUGUCCAGAGGUCCAUUUGAUUGUGUGACGGGAGAGGGCUGUAUAGUUUUUUUUUACAGCUACACACACAAAGGUAUCUGACUUACAGAAUCAAGCAAGUCCUGUCUUCGCUUGAGAAAAAUAACGUGUUUAAUUUAUAGCUGCACCGGGACUGCGGUAAAUUGUGCGCCCUCAACUUCACAGAAGGGCUGCUCCUGUUCCCACCUAAAUCAAUGGGAGUUUUGGGAGCAGAGUCAAAAAUAAUGCCUUAGGAGCAACUAUUUAAUUCACUGAACAGUCCCUCUAGACUUGUGCAACACCUAGAGUAAAUUGCAUAACCACCAGACCUUUAUCGCAUACUUACGACGUAGAGAAACAAACACCAUGUCAAUGCAAUCUAUGUGCAUAAAUAUGCUUUCAGAGAGCUACAUGCAGUCAGUGGGAUUUGCAAGGGCAUAUCAAAGCAGUUUCAGCUUGAAGCCUUGUACGGUUGGUCUAAAUUUAAUGUUGGCUUCUUUUGUUUAUUGCAUUUUAAGCAAUUUCUAUCAGUUGUCCUUAUGAUUCCAAUGUUAAAUCAUUUAUGAUGAUGAAAAUGACUAAAAAUAAAACUGGAGUGUUCUUAAGAGUGACAACUGUAUAGCUGAAUGCAAAGAUUUAUGUGAACACAAGUACCCGAACAUGAAUUUUGAAAUGCCAGCCUUAGGGGUUUUUUUUAAUUCAUUUUAGUCUGUGGCUAAGAUUUUUCAAACCUUAAAAGUUAGGCUCCUAAAUUCAUAUUUAGGCACCUUCAUAGAUGCUGAGCACUUGGCAUACAUCUACAACAUGGGGAAAAAACACAUGGCUGGCCUAGGUCAGCUGACAGUUGCGGUGUAGAUGUUGGGCUAGAGCCUGAGAUCUGGGACCCUCCACUCUCCCAGAGCCCCAGAGCUCGGAUGCCAGCCCAAGCCCAGAUGUCGGCACAGCAAAUUUUAGCCCCACAGGCGAAGCCUUGUGAGCCCGAGUCAGCUGACUCAAGUGAGCUGCGGCUGUGCUGCGGGUCUUUUAUCCCUGUGUAGACGUAGCCUUGGAAGCCUGAUCAAUUUCAAUAUGAUUUGUGGAUGUUAAGCACUUCCAAAAAUCAGCCCACUUUUAUUUAAGAGAUUUAUUUAUAGAUGUAGGAACCUAAAUUUGAAUGUUUGGCCUAACUUCUGUCCCUUUCUAGUUUAUUCCCACCCCCUCUGCCCUCCCAGGCCAUCCUCCCAAGCCUUCUGGUAUUGCAUUUCUUACGUGACCCCACAAAUAAAUACACUAAUAAUUUAAAACUAUAAAAAAAUAAAUAAAAUGGCCUAACACUGUGGUGACUUGCACUGGGCUCAACAUGGUUCCAAGCUAGGGUUAAAGAAUAGCUUUUCGAUGUAGGGACUGCAACAUUUACUCCUUGAUGCAUAAGGCUAGAGAAUAGUACCCAAAUAUUAAUAGUAAUUUGGAAUUGGGGGUGAGAAAAUAUAGAGAGCCCAGGGUUUAUCAGUCUUGGCACCCUCUGUGGUAGUCUCCUGUCUUAGUGUGUCGGUUGUAAUGCACUGGCUUCCAAACAUUUUUGUUGAUAUUUUUAAACAGACAAAGUAACUUCACCUUUCAUUUAUAUUUAAUACAGCUGCGAACUCCUGUGCUAUUGUGAUGUUUUAUUUAUGUCCUCAUGUUCUCCCAGCUCUUUAGUGCAAAUUUUUGGCCUUAUUCAAAAUGGCCACCAUGUCCUAUUAUUUCAAUUGGUGUGACGUUACAUGGGCCCAGAUAUUCACAGGUAUUUAGUCUCCUAACUUCCAUUGAUUUCAAUGGAAGUUAAGAGUCUAAAUAUCUUUGAGGAUCUGAGCCAUGAUGCUCUCAGGGAAAAUGUCUGCCAGGAAGGCUCUGUUGUAGUUUGGAAACUAGAGGAGAAACUACAUGCAGUUGGGGGAGGUAAGCAGAAUUCUGAAGGGAGUGCAAGAGAAGAAGGAGAAGGCUGAGGGAGAAUGUGAAGAGAAGGGGACUGAAGGGGAACAGAGGCAGGAUAUGGGCUCAGGAGACUGUGGGUACUUGAAGUGAGAAUGUGAAAGGGACAGCAGAGUGGUUGAGACGUGUGGGGAGCAAUUGUGAAGAAAUGGGGCAGCGAGGGAUAGCAUAGCAACUCCACUUCUCCAGAGGAGACGGUAAGUGGAAUCCCUUUCUAAAGAGCCCUUGGGAAAGCUUACGUACCUUUGUGUGUGCAUUUGAGGUUGGAUUUUGAACUUGCAGUUAUCACACACCAAUUGUGGGCAGACAGCUUUGCACUAAAGGGUAAAAGGCAGAUCAGACCCCAAUGGAUUUUUGUAAUCAUGAUUUUUUGGUGAUCUGACUCAUAAUCUUGAAUCCUCUGGAUUGGCAAUGCCACUAACCACUUCAUAAAUAUAAUGUGCUUAAUUUUGUGCUCUUCCAUCUCUCUGCAACUCCUGAAAAGAAAACAGAUAUGUCAGGAAUAAAGUAAAUCCUGUUAGUUCCCAAUACAUUUUCCUCAGGUUGUAUGUAAUGCCUUAUUUUGAGGGCCUAAGUGGAGCCUCAGAGGUGCAUUGGCCCUCUGCACAAUCACAAAUACCAUUAUUUGCACUUUUUAAGAAAUCUGCACUCCUAACUUAAGUGUUUAUGUGAAAAAUAAGUCCAUAUCUGGAUAUGAAAUUAUGAUCAGUCCCAAUCCCACUUUGAGUUAAUACAUGGCCCAUACUGCCAAAGUUCAGAUCAGCAGAACAGAGCCAUGAAACAGAGCAAAAAAAGAUGAUAAAGUGAGUGUUAUCAGCAGAACCAGGAAAAUUAUUUAAUUCUUCUUUCAAAAACAGCAAGUAGAAGGAUAAGUGUGCAAACAUAGGAACAAGUCUAAAUAGAGUUCACUGAUCAGGGCUUUAUCAUUUGAUAUCACAGAAAUAAGGAAUUCUAAAUUUUGAUUAAAGAUAAGUCUUUUGCAAAACCUAGAAUCAUUAAUCAAAUUAUGUUUACCUGAAAAACUAUUACUAGUUAGGGUUCCAAAUAAGGGAACCCAUUAAUUUUAAAAUAUCAAACAUUUUUCCUCAGAAACUGUAUAAUGUGUCUUCCAUUGGAUAACUAAUUCUCAACAUAAUUUUAUGCUUUAAAAUACUUUGUUAUGCUAAUUGUAUUAUAUAUGGCGGGAGACUUUUUUCUCGUUAUUGUAAAUAAAUCCAAAUCCCUAACAAUUGGAAAAUAUGGUUUUAUUAUCCUGAAUUUAGAUUUCUAAAUUACAGCUUCAUAAGGAUUUUCAGGAAUCCAUGAGUGAGCUGAUAGAUUCCCCUUUCACAAAUAGGGGUGCAAAAGGCAAACACUUUGAGACUUAAUUUUGGGAAUGGCCAUGCUAAUUGCAUUGAUAGCUUGUUUUGCUCUGCUUCUAUUGUUUAAGUAUUUAUCUUUCACUUUAUUUUCAACUAAACCCCCUUUAUUUUUAAACUUAGUUCAUGCUUCUGUGAUCAGAGCCACUUGGUGGAUCCUUGUGCCCAUGUGGUUCUCAAUGCAGGAUUGGGGCCUUACUUGAGAACUAUUCACUUUGAGGGCCUGAUCUUGCUCCCACUGAGAUCAGUGUCUAAACUCCCAUUGAUCUUAGAGGACUUUGAUUAGAUUUUAAGGACCUGUCCAUGCACUACAAAAGUCAAUGGAAGUCUUUCCAUUGACUAAUGGAAGUCUGAUCCAGCCCUCCCUGAGAAUUCCUCGAUUAUUUACCUUUUCACACUGAGAAGAUGAACUUUUAAAUAAAGGAAGCAAAUAUAUUUAAAAUUGGGCUUUGAUCAUGCCUGUUUUACUCCCAGUAAUGUAUUAAUGUUGGUUUAGGAAUAUUGUGAAAAUACUGUGGAUUACAAGUGGGGAACAACACUUGUGAAAAAUAAUUUGAAAUGUGUUUUAAAAUAUGCAAGAUGGUUCAUACCCUUCUCUUAGUGCUGGUGUCUACAUACACACUCUCACAAAUAUUUUUAUUCUGUAACUUGAUGAUUAAUUAUUUAAAUUAAGCUGUACUUUGAAAUGUUAAUUGCUUAUUUUACAUAACUUUGUGAAUUCUUCACUCUGUCAGCUGGCCUGGGGCUCAUGUAUAUGCAUUAAAGGUGCUCAAAGAUUUCACUAACUGAUUUUGUAAACUGUUAAAGGAAGUAAGCUUCAAGGGUCAUCUUUGUUUUCCAUCUUAUGGUUUUAGGCUUUUGGGGAUGGAUUCAAAUACAGAAUGGGACAAGAUAUUGCUUUGAUCCGGUGGUUUUGAAUUUAGAUGUUCAUGUUGGCUGUAUUAAUCAGUUAACAGGCUACUGUAGAUUAGCUUUAGAACAGAAUGCAACUUAGUACUUUACAGCUAUAUAUUAGAAUACAGAUGUACAGUUCACACAGUAUAAAUUAUUGAAUAAAUAAUAUCCAGCUGCUAAACAAAAAACUUCCACACAUAGUCACUUUACUCAGAAUUGUUUGAGGGCACUUUACAUUUACUUAUCGAAAGUGAUCACACUAAAUAUUAAUGCACGUGCAUUUACAAAUUCAAGUUUGAUUCAGAGAGAAAUCAUUGGUAGUAAUUUCUCAACUAACCAGGAAUCAGAACAUACCUAAACACUUGAUGGUAAGUGUAUUUCAGUGUGUCACCAGGGCUUGAAAAUGUAUAGGAGCUUGAAAAAAGCUGCUUAGUAUACAUUGCUAAGUAACAGGAAAUAAUAAGAAUGGAGUUGAUGCAUAUAAAAAAAAUAGUCACAAUUUUAUAUAUAAAGCACAUGCACAAUAAAGAAACUGCAUGUUAAAUGUAAGUAUACUUAACCUUGAACAUCAACAUCCUAUAAAAACUUCUGGGUGACAGUUCACUUAGCUAGUAGGUUUCAUAGUUAUAAAUAAGUAAAGGGGAUGAUAAUAUUCUGUAAUUUGUGACCUUGUUUUAACUGGACAGAGUUGUUACUUUUUUAAAAGUCUAAAAGAAAUAACUUGACUUAUGUUUGAAUGUGUCACUUUGCUUGCUGUUAAAGAAUAUUUAUUAACCACAUACAAAAUAUUGCUUAACAUUAUCUUUUUGUACUUAUUAAAAGUUAAUUUAAAUAUA